AGUUUCAAAUUUGUGCGCGUCGGUUUUGGUUGUAACAGCGAUAUUUUAAAAUGUACCAUGCGUCCUAAAUGAAAAUUGAAUAGAAGAAAAAAUAAUUCGUCAUCAACAUCAAGAAGGAAAACUAAAUCAGGAAAAGAAACAACUCGAUAGUUCAAAAAUGUUUUGAUUUUUUUAUAUUUUGAAAUCAACAAUAUCAAACUGGAUCUAUACAACAUCAACUAUUCGAAUUUCUCUUAUAAUUACAGCGAGGAUGAUUUCAAUAUUACAAAAACUCGGAUGACUUCACCGUUAGCGGUAACAGUAGCCGUUCUAAUAGUAUUCCUGCUAUCUCCAAUGAUCCUCAUAGGGAAUUCUCUUUUAUUAAUAACUCUAUACAGAUUAAAAAGACUGAGGACACCUAGUAGUUCCUUAUUCAUGUCCCUGGCGCUAUCUGAUUUAGGAAUCGGCAUGUUUAUGCCCGUAGGAAUGUACUUUGAAGUUGGAGGCAUGCCGAACUUCAUAUCUAUCAGGGUGUGUUUGUUUAGCUACGGCAUCGCUAUCUCUUUGUGUUGCGUGUCGGUUCUGGUGAUGGUGGCUAUAGCCGUCGAUAGAUUUACUUCGUUAGCCGCGCCGUUGCGAUAUAGAGAUUUGAUAACGCAUACUGCCGUCGAACGCUAUCUACUCAUUUUUUGGGUUUAUUCGUCGAUUGUUGGGUUCACGCCGUUGGUUAAUUCCAUGGUUAACGGAGAGGAUCAACACAUACAUAUUUGUUCGUUUGGAAGUCUUGUGGCGAAACCUAUUCAAUUGUUUAUGUUUUUCGCGGUAUACGGACCGAGCGUAGUCGUAUUAUUAGCUUGUUACGGUUAUAUAUACGUAGUGGCAAGACAACAUGCAAAAGCUAUCCGAAUAGAAGCACGUCGAUCUAUACAAUCAUCCGAACAACUAGAAAAUAACGGAAGAACCUUACGGAGAAGUCGCCGUACUCCAAGAUAUGGUUUGGCGCUCGCAAUCACAACUGGAUCAUUUUUAAUUCUAUGGAUGCCGUUUCUGCUCUGUAUGCUGACUGACGUCAUUUUCGGUACGAAUAUCCUAACCGCUUGGCUAUCAGUAUAUUUAGCUCUUCCGAUACUAGCUAGUAGCGCUUUCAAUCCGUGGGUAUACGGUUAUCGUAAUUCAGAACUACGUAGCUCGGUACGGAAAGUUAUCGAUGAAUUUCUAGGCGUAUUUGGAUUCAACCAUCGCAGUCAGUAUCGCAACUCGAAUCAAAUGGUACAUAGCGCAGUAGCGACUGCCGGCGAUGCCAAUUCAUUCAUCAACAGCGAACAAAAAGAACCCGUCGAUCGCAAACAAGAUCAUCUUCUUGUUCCCAUGGUGAGCUUUGACAGUUUGGGGGUAGUAUCUGAUUGCGGUCAGUUAGGUAACAAUCGUCCGACGUCGAUGAAAGGAUCUAAGAGUAUGGUGGAAUGUAUGGCUGUGUAUAGGAGUAAGGGGGUUUUGAUAUUAUCUAAAAAACAGACGGGUAUGAAGCACGGGAUUAGUAUUGUAUAAAAACAGAGCUUAAUAGGUUUGUGAUAUUUUAACAAAUUAUUUCUUUUUUAAAGUAUAUUCGAAUAUAUUUGUGAUUCGAUGUUUUGAUUAUUAUAACUCUAAAAAUUAAUCAUUCUCUGGAUGUACAAUCACCGCUGUUUUGAUUAUUAUAAACUACGCAUGUUUUGUGAGUCUAAAAAUAAACCUAACCUAACCUAACGUAACCUAAACUAAACUAAACUAAUUUUACCUAACAAAAAAAGUGAUGAAAAAUGGAGAUGUUUCUAUAAGAACUAAAAUGGCGGUAUUUGUAAAUGUAUUACACAAUUAUAAUGAGGAAUGGGAUGUAAAAAGAUGGCUCAAUUUAUAUCUUUUUCCUUAUUAGAAUAUUUUCCAAAUUUUUAUGAUAUUAUUGUAUCUACAUUAAGCACAGAAAAUUGUGCCAAAUUUUAAAUAUUUUUGCACGUAAUGAAUAUAAUAAAACAAUUAAAUAAUAACAGAUAUACAAUAAUCAGCUUAAUGACGUUUUGAAAUUAUUUAAGACAUUCUAUUUUCACUAUUUUAAUAAAUUUUCAUUUUUUAUUUAUUGUUUUAUCCUUUGCAGUUCUAAUUUAUCGACUGAUUUAUUUAUUUCAUUUCAUAUUAUCACUUCUUAGUACGGUAUUUAUUUAUUUAUUUUUCUAUUGUAAUUUGAAAUUUUUUUUUUUGGUUAGUUUUGAAUUUUACAUCAGGAACUCAAUUUUUUAAUUAAUUCAUUCAUAAACUGCAUCACUAAGCUAUAUGAUUCAAAAUCCAUAACAUGUUGGUGAACCUAUUUAGAAUGCGAAACUGGAAUUGCUGGGCCCUAGAGAAUUUAUCGGUGGUUGCUUUUGACUAUAUUAUUCAUUAACAAAUCUUUCCGUGGGAUGAUGAUAUUAAAAUUUGAAAUUAAAAUUAAGUACACACAGAAAAUAAAGUUUUGAUAUCGUUUUAUGACACAAAAUGUCAAUUAUUUAAAUACUCUUAAUUAAAACUACUUAUUAAUUGAAAUAGAGGGGAUAGUUUUGUAAGGAAUGAAGUUUCGAUUGAUUAUUUCAUAUAUUGUUAUAAAGAAAAUUUCUAAAUUAAUAAAGUAUGUGAAUUAUUCUAAUUAUAACUUAUUUUUUCUAA